CUAAGAUCAUUGUGUGUUUAACGUGGCUGGGAGCACCAUGAUGUUCUUUGUCGCUAAUUUGUUCGUACUGUCGUUCGUUAUUAUUUCAACGCAGGGCGGUGUGUCCGUGCACAACCCUUUCUAUUGCUAUUCGGAAGAUCCUGUCAGAUCGUGGACUCUUUUGGGUGGUGUACAUGCUCCUUACGAGCCCAAUCGUGGACAAAUUAUAAACGCAAAUGUGUCGACUUGUAAUCCUUCAAAGUUUUGGAUGUUAGGCCGACAUGGAGCGAGAUUACCUCUCGACACUGAACUGCCCAACAUAUUAGAUACCAUUACUGCAAUUCAUCGUGAAAUUCUAACUAAUUACAAUCAGGGCAGAACAUCACUAUGCGCAUCAGAUUUUGAAUUGCUAAGAAAUUGGGAAUUCGAUCCAAAUAUUACUAUGGACGUUGCCGGGCACCUAGCAGAAUCUGGUUGGAUUGAAAUGGAAACACUGGCACAACGGUAUCAGGCAGCAUUCCCGACGAUCUUGUCGUCCACUUAUUCACCAAAUGAUUAUCUCUUUCGUUCAACGGAUUUUCAACGAACGAGAGUAAGUCUCCACGCUUUCGCUGAUGGUUUGUUUGGAGUAAAUGGAAGUGAACAGGUUCACUUCGAAGAUAUUCCCGAACAAGACAUCUUCAUGAGGCCUUAUCAACAUUGCCCACUUUACAGUCAAAUUAAUGCAGUUCGGGUCGAACAAGAUGCGUUUCUCCAGGGACCUGAAUAUCAAGAAAUGGUCAUUCAGGUUAGCGCUAAACUGGGCUUUCAUAAUUCACACGUACUACGUAAUAGAGAAGUGGCUCUUCUCGCUCUACAAUGCAAAUUGGAACAAAUCUGGAAUUUGGACUACACUUCUCCAUUCUGCACUGCUUUUUCCGUCGCCAACGCUCAAGUUGUUGAAUAUUCAGAGGACGUCGACUUCUUUUACAGAGUUGGAUAUGGCCGACCAGAAUAUCGUAGACUUUAUGAAAACCUAAUGUGCUUCCAAAUGCAAGAUAUGUUGCGUUUUAUUCAAUCCAACGAUGCGAACGACCACAAAGCCCGAAUAUUUAGCGGUCACGUGAACCUUAUAUUGAUUCUGUUGAAUUUCGGAGCAUUUGAUGGUGACGUUCCACUGACACGGCACAAUUUUGCGCAACAGUCACAAAGGGUAUGGAGAUCUUCUGAACUAUUGUCGAUGGCUGCUAAUUUGGCGGUUAUACGCUACGACUGCGCUGACGGCGACAAUGAUGUACUCUUCCUUUACAAUGAAAAACCGUUGCAAAUCCCUGGAUGUGAAACGAACGGAGUGUGCAAACAAUCCUUCAUUUUAGAAAGGUUCAGUCGUUUUUUGAAUGGCAACUGUAUGGAAAUGUAUUGCACCAACUCUUAAGUAUGGUUUCCACUCAACAUAAAGUACUCCGUGAGAGAGCGAGCUGUCAAAUUAAAUGAAAAAAAUCAAUUUUAUCCCUAACACGGAGUACUUUUUUUGUAAGUGGAAAGCAAGCAUUAACCGUUGACUGAUAUGCGUUAGUAUAGUGAAUAUAAAACUUUGAAAAUUCA